AUGUCUGCGGCUGCAGAAGAGCAGCCCACGAAGGCAUCUCGAACUCCAGAGGAAUGGAGGUCCAUUACCAUCCGGCAGCUGCAGGGCGUGCGGAAGGACAUCAUCAAGCACUGCCCUUCGCACAUCGCGGUAGAAGGCUUAAGCCCAGGGCGCCACCACAAUCGAGCUCGGGUCAGCCAAGCGGCCACCGGUGCAUUUGGCUCCUUGAUGUCGGGAACCGACGACUCUUUGGUCCACGUCAAGGUGGAGAAAGGCUGCUUCGAGAAGAGCCAUCCAGUUCACAUCUCUGGCAAGGAUUGCGGCACGGUCACGUCGAUCACAUGGUGCGCAGACAAUUGGACCUCCACUCGUAACUGGACGGCGCCUUUAACGCCCGAGGACGUUACCCUGUACGACUUCAACUACUACAGACUCUUGGUAGCCCUGGGUACCCUUUACACCUUUUUUUGGUUCUGGGUUCCGUUAUAA